CUCGGCUCUCCCCGCCGGCUGCGCGGUCUUGCUGCCGUCUGCUCUCUCCGGCCGCGGCUACUCCGGCCCUUCCCGUGCCCCGCUGGCGAUCGGGCAGCGCUGGCAGCGCCGCCUCCUCUCCGGCUCCGGCUCCGCGGCCAUCCCGGAGCUCCCCGAGCCCCGGGGGCUGGCGGCUGCUGCGCGCAGGCAGCGCGGUGCGCUCAGCCUCCCGCCCCGCUUCAUCCCCGGCGUGCCCGCGGAGCCCCUGGGCAGCCGGCGGCAUGGCAGCCGUGCGCAGGAAGUUUGGGGACGAGUACCAGGCCGUGGGCCUCGCUCGCUGCAGCGCUCGCAGGGAGCGGCAGCGCUUCGUGGACAAGAACGGGCGCUGCAACGUGCAGCACGGCAACCUGGGCGGCGAGACCAGCCGCUACCUGUCCGACCUCUUCACCACGCUGGUGGACCUCAAGUGGCGCUGGAACCUGCUCAUCUUCCUGCUGACCUACACGGUGGCCUGGCUGGUGAUGGCUUCGUUGUGGUGGGGCAUCGCCUACCUGCGCGGGGACCUGCAGCAGGCGCACGGUGACACGUACAGCCCGUGUGUGGCCAACGUGUACAACUUCCCCUCCGCCUUCCUCUUCUUCGUGGAGACCGAGGCCACCAUCGGCUACGGGCACCGCUACAUCACGGAGCGCUGCCCCGAGGGCAUCGUGCUGUUCCUCUUCCAGUCGCUGCUGGGCUCCGUCGUGGAUGCGUUCCUCAUCGGCUGCAUGUUCAUCAAGAUGUCGCAGCCCAAGAAGCGAGCUGAGACGCUCAUGUUCAGCCGUGCCGCCGUCAUCUCGCAGCGCGAUGCCAAGCUCUGCCUCAUGUUUCGUGUGGGCAACCUCCGCAACAGCCACAUGGUGUCUGCCCAGAUCCGCUGCAAGCUGAUCAAGGUGGGUCCUGCCGCGGCACUGCGUGGCACAGGGCACCUGGGAAUGACGUGCCAAGCCAGGACCUCAUACACAGAAGAUGAAGUCCUGUGGGGUCACAGGUUCCUCCCAGUCAUGUCUCUGGAAGAUGGCUUUUUCCGUGUCGAUUAUUCUCAGUUCCACGCCACCUUUGAAGUCCCCACUCCUCCUUACAGUGUUAAAGAGCAAGAAGAAAACCUGUCCCAGUCAUCUCUCUUGAACAGUCCUUUGGAUAAGAAAAGCAGAAGAGAACAGGUUUGUCCUCUUGACUGUGCUGAUGUUCCAGGAGAGAAGAACAAGCUCCCUGCUAAACUUCAGAAGAUCAGCUCGAGGAAGGAAGGCCUUCCUCCAAGAGCCCUGAGAAUGAGUUCCAGUAACACAGAGAAGACUUUCAGUACUGGAGAUCUCUUGAAAAUUCAAGAAAUAAGUCCCAUCUCUGAUGGUGAAGACAGUGAUAAGAGGAUGCAGCUGAAAGCCUUAAAAAUAAAUGCCAAGGCUCUGACUCAGUCUACCAGUGAGCUGGAGUUACAGAAGGAUUUUCCAGGUGUGGGUGCUCUAGAGGUGAAAUUGGAAGACAAUUUUCCUGCCAAACUUUAAAAAAUGAACUCUGAUCGCUUCUUCUAAGAGCUGGAGAAACAGAAGUUGUUGCUGAGAAACUGCAUUUGAGACUGCUGCCCUGGAGGAGUUGUUUGACAGUAAAGUCACAAGUUGGCUUUGCUGCUUUCAGGAAGAAUGAUCCUUUUGGUAUAAUUGUUCUGUACAGAUCCAAUCUAGGUACCAUAACAGGACUUUGAGGGGCAGUAUGGUUACCCUGUCAUGCCAAAGAGAUUCCUGCCCUGAUGAUGCUUAUCAGCAUGCUCAUUGCAAAUCUACCCAGUCUUCUCUGUAUGCAGAUGCUUUUUCACAAAGCAAGGAUCACAUCCUCAGUCACAGAGAUGGAAGCAAGAAGGGUGAAACAGCAGCUGGAACGUGGUUUUGUGCAGCUCAGGUCCUGGACUGCUCCUGAUGGGAGCAGAACACAAGAGGAAUAUGUGACACUGCUCAGUCCUAGUCCAGUUGUCACUUUGGAAAGAGACUUUCCUGGUCCAUCCUUCUCUCCCAGUGACUGUGGCACGCUCCCUCUGUGCUCCCAGUGUCUCAUCCAUGGUCAGUCAGGUAGAGGAAGCAGUGUGCAAUAACAUUUGGGUCAUUUGGCCCACAUGAGCUCUCCUAAACAUGAGGAUCUUUAUCCUGUCCAAAAUUAGACCUCAGCAUUUGAUUUGGUGGAUCACAUGCUGAAUUUUAACGGCCAUAUCACCACUCACUGUGAAGCAAACUUGAGAUCAGUAGCUCAGCUUCUUGGCAUGUUUUAUACUGCAACUAAAUAACAUUUCAGUUUGGUGACAUUGUAAGUAAAUGAAAGCUAAGUGCUAAAUAAUGCUCUGUCAUUACACAUCUCAGAGUUUUACUAAUGAAUGGUAGUCUUUGGUGUUGCUAAUUUUCAUUUUGUUAUAUUUGCCUUCUCCAUUUAUAUAUGAUUCUCAGUAAUUUUGUAGAUUUGAUAUUUAUUGCUAUUCAGCUCAAUCCACCUCUGUCUGUGAGAGGGGAUUUUUCUUUCCUGGUUGGUAAUAAUUAUAAACACACCCUGCUGUUUUGUGAACAGUGUUCAGUAGCUCAGCAUACAGGGUGUUCAUCACCAGAGCACUCUCCAGUAGAAGGAUCAAAUUCUGCUCUUAUUACAUGAACAAAAUUCAGUCAAAUUUGAAAGGGGUGGUAGUGGCCAUAUUGUUUGGCAAAGCGUUCCUUGAUGGUAAAAUGAUGUAUGCAAGCUAGGAAUAGCUUGGCUUGCAGAACUCACUAUUUCUUGCUUUUGGUCAGUGGGAAAGAGGAAAAUGCUAUUUUAUGCAGGGAUAAGAUGUGCUGCUUGUUGUUGUUUAUCUGUUCUCAACAUGAAUUUCAACAAUAUAUAUGUGUUAAAAUCUGUAUUUUCAUUUUUCAGCUGUAUUUGUAUGGAGUACUUAGAUGACAGCAUGAAGUCUUAAAUGAUGAUGACACUCCGUACUCUCCAGAACUGCCAAAAUUAGUG